AUGGUGGUGCUUUUGUCGAACAGGCCAAUUGGUCAAUCCUUGCCUAAUAGCUAUGUACUCCCACCAGAUAGAAGACCAGGGAUAGUUAAUGUUCCUAUUGGCAAAGACAUUCCAGUCAUUGAUUUUCAAAGCAUUGCUGAUCCUGAUGAUCGCGUUGAGAUUGUUCAGCAAAUCUUAAAAGCAUGCCAGGAAUUUGGAUUGUUUCAGGUGAUCAACCAUGGAGUCUCAAGAACGUUAAUAGAUGAGGCAAUGAGUGUGUUGAAUGAGUUUUUCUGCACAACACCAACUGAGUACAAAGCAGAAGUUGUUGGGAUAUAUUCUGUUGAAGUGAGGAAGUUUCUGCUGAUGAUUUUGAAUCUAUUAUGCGAAGGAUUGGGAAUAGAACAAGGGCAUUUUGAAGGAAAUCUUAGCAAAACACAACUAUUAUAUGUAAAUCACCACAUUCCAUGUCUAGACCCAAGUACGACCUUGGGACAUUUUGAACACUAUGAUAGCAAUCUCAUAACCACUCUUUAUCAGUGUGAUGUGUCUAGUUUGUUGGACAAUCUUUACUGUAUUAAGAAUAAAUAA